AUGAACGGUACACACAUUAGACUGUCGGCUGCUAUUGGUGGUGAAAGGGACUACUAUAAUAGAAAAAGGUAUCCAUCUAUUCAGUUGCAGGUAAAACAUAUCAUAGAUCUGUCAUUAGUAGUUAUAGAAUUUCUACUAAAAUUAACAGUUUCAUCAUGUACAAAAAUAAACUCAAGUGUCUACACCAAAGCUGAAGCUGGAGAGCUAUUUUCACAAAAUUAUCACAUCUUCGGGGACAAUGCAUAUCCUCUUCGUAAUUGGCUAGUUUCGCCAAUUAAGAACUUUGGAAAUCUGACAAGGCAACAAAUUAAAUUCUUAUAUAGUUUUAAACUGCCACCAUGUUUUUGA